AUGCGAGCCCAACAAGCCGACUAUGGUUUCAUCAUUGCCACUUGCGAAAAUGAUAAACCGAUUCGCCCCCUAGAUUUGCGGAAAAAAAUUUAUAUUAGCGGCGAUAACAAUAAUCUUUUUGUGGUAGCCAAGAUUAUGCGGGAACUACUAAUUACCAAACAUAAUUUUAAGCAAAAUUCUAGCAUCAAGGAACGCAAAAUAAAAAAUUUGGAUGAGUGGAUAAACGAUAAACUUCCUCGUUAUAUUAGUAGUUUAGAAGAAGAAUUUGACAGCCAAGAGAAAGAGACUAAUAACAUCAUUAGUAAGGCGGAGAAAAUAAAAAAUUCGACCGAAAAAAUUCUAGAAAUGAGGCAGAUAGAUUACCAAGCACCUUGUUUCGAAGAAUUUAUGAAAACUUACCAAGAGGAGGAAAAAAUAGUCAAAUCUUAUGAAAGUGUUUUUCAAGAUGAAGUAUUAAAUGGUCCACAAUAUGACAUUGAAAGAAAUACUAAUCAUAUCAAGUUUAAGUUCGAUGAUAAUGUGGAGUUUUCUAAUGGAAGUUUUCCUUAUAUUCAUUGUGUCAACGAAUCGCCUUUUAAUAGUUACAAGGUGGGGGAACAAGUAGAGAUUGAAAUGAAAAAAGCGAAAAGAAUGACUAGCAAUAUAAAAGCCAACAAUAAUACUUUUUUAAGGAUUGCUGAUGCUGAAAGGCAUUGA